GGAGCACUUGGUUUAUCCCACUCUACUUCCUCGCUCCUUCGCCCGUCCGGCUCCUCGGUGUGACCGGAGCUCCCUUCCGCUGACAGGCAGCUGUCACACAGCCACCAUGUUAUCGCAUUCCCGGUGUCUCACCAGGAAUUUUGGCCGUUCUCUCUCUGCCCUCCGUCAGGGGAAUAAUGCAUUAGCUCGUCGGGCUACGGCAGCUCUAUCAGCUAGCCAUUCUAUCACUUUGAACAACAAUGUAAAACCUGAUCCCCGGUCCAGCGUCUUCCAAAUCCAGUACUUCAGGACGUCUGUAGCCUACAGAAAUGAAGUUGUCACAGUCAAGACCCCUGCGUUUGCAGAAUCUGUCACAGAAGGGGACGUGAGGUGGGAGAAAGCUGUUGGAGACACCGUCUCGGAGGAUGAAGUUGUGUGCGAAAUUGAGACCGAUAAGACAUCAGUGCAGGUUCCCUCUCCUGCUGCUGGGGUGAUCGAGGAGCUUUUGGUCCCCGAUGGAGGGAAAGUUGAGGGAGGAACUCCGCUCUUUAAGCUUCGAAAAGGAGCUGGUGCUCCCAAAGCUGCAGAAGCUCCAAAAGCAGAGGCCCCGGCUGCCGCGGCCCCUCCGCCACCUUCUGCUGCUCCUCCUCCCCCCUCAGCUGUGGGCCCCAUUCCCACCACUAUGCCCCCUGUGCCACCUGUGCCAGCACAUGCUAUGGACACCAAACCAGUUUCAGCCAUCAAGCCCACUGCUGCUGCAGCUGCACCAGCGGCUCCAGCUGAGGGAGGGGCUAAGGCAGCCAGGACAGAGAGCAGGGUUAAGAUGAACCGCAUGAGACUGCGAAUUGCCCAGAGACUGAAGGAAGCCCAAAACACCUGCGCUAUGUUGACUACGUUUAAUGAGGUCGACAUGAGCAACAUCUCAGAGAUGAGGAAGAGUUACAAAGAUGCCUUCCUGAAAAAGCACAACAUCAAGUUGGGCUUCAUGUCUGCGUUUGUGAAGGCAGCUGCCUACGCUCUGAUUGACCAGCCUGCUGUCAAUGCCGUAAUUGAUGACACGACCAAAGAGAUUGUGUACAGGGACUAUGUGGACAUCAGUGUGGCUGUGGCCACGCCAAAGGGUCUGGUGGUUCCUGUAAUCAGAAGCGUAGAGGGAAUGAAUUUUGCUGAUAUUGAGAAAACCAUCAAUAUGUUAGGAGAAAAGGCCCGUAAGAAUGAGCUGGCUGUUGAGGACAUGGACGGAGGAACGUUCACCAUCAGCAACGGUGGCGUGUUCGGGUCCAUGUUUGGCACGCCUAUAAUCAAUCCCCCUCAGUCUGCUAUAUUAGGCAUGCACGGCAUCUUUGACAGGCCCGUGGCAAUCGGUGGCAAGGUGGAGAUCCGUCCCAUGAUGUAUGUUGCCCUGACGUACGACCAUCGUCUGAUCGAUGGAAGAGAGGCCGUCACUUUCCUGCGCAAGAUCAAGUCGGUGGUGGAGGACCCCAGGGUGCUGCUCCUCGACAUGUAAAUCCUUGUGAACUCCAGGCCCAACCAAACAAACCACCCUACACAAACAGUGGCUGUGCUCACCUGAUGAACAUUACCUAACUGCAGUUGAUGUAUUGUUGUAUAGGUUACCUAGAGAAAAAGGAUUUUUGGGGGACAGUUGAGUUGUGCGAUGGACAUUUGUAAAGCUGGGUUCGGUGCUGGUCUGGGGUUUUUGUGGUGCUGGUCUCUAGAUCAAAAAAAAAAAAGGAUAUUCUAUUACUCGUAUGCGCCAUGUGUCAUUUUCUACCAUUCAACUGAAAGAUUUCUCAACUUAUUGUGAGAUGAAUGACAAACGUAGAUUAAAAUGCAUAGGAUCAUUUCAUUAUUUUGGUUGAGAGAAGAACAAUGAGCACAUAUUGGGGGCCAGAAACCAAGAAACACUAUGUUCUAAAAAUGUCCAAAGUGAAGAAAGAAAGAGAGUGAGAAUUUAUGCCAUCUGUUUCACAAAAAUUAAAUGAAAUUAAAAUUCUCUUAAUGCUGUGUAAGAAAGACUAUUUAAGAAAAAAAAAGUUUUAAACAAUAAAAGUGACAUUGCUCAACUGUAA